GCGGCGCUUUGUGAUGACGCACUGUGCGUCGCGUGCGGACUCCCGUGUUUGAAACAUGGCAGCGGUUCGUCUGAGCGAAGCUGAGAAGGUUUAUAUAAUUCACGGAGUUCGGGAUGACCUGAGAUUGGACGGGCGAGGAUGUGAAGACUACAGACACAUGGAGAUCGAGACAGAUGUGGUGUCCAACACUGACGGCUCUGCUAAAAUCAGUCUUGGUCACACAGAUGUUCUUGUAGGAAUCAAGGCAGAGAUUGGUAAACCCAAACCAAUGGUACCAAAUGAAGGCUAUCUAGAGUUUUUUGUCGACUGCUCAGCGAAUGCCACCCCUGAGUUUGAGGGGCGGGGUGGAGAGGACUUGGGGGUGGAGCUUAGCAACACCCUGUAUAAAGCGUUUAACAACAGACGCAGUGUUGAUCUGCGAUCUCUCUGCAUCUCUCCGGGAGAGCACUGUUGGGUGUUGUAUGUGGACGUACUGCUGCUGCAGUGCGAUGGAAACCUGUUCGAUGCAAUGUCCAUCGCAAUAAAAGCUGCUCUGUUCAACACGCGAAUUUCCAAAGUGCAAAUAUCUGAGGAUGACGAGGGGGGAAAAGAGAUCGAGCUGUCGGAUGACCCUUAUGACUGCAUGAGGCUCAAUGUGGAGAAUGUUCCCUGUAUCGUAACCUUGUGCAAGAUCGGUCACAGACAUGUGGUGGAUGCCACCCUGCAGGAGAAAGCGUGUUCAUUGGCCAGUGUUCUGAUAUCAGUCACACACAGAGGGACGGUCACGUGUGUGAGGAAGAUGGGAAGGGGCAGUCUGGACCCCGAGAGCAUCUUUGAGAUGACAGAGGCCGGAAAGCGUGUGGGGAAAUCUCUUCAUGCUCCUCUCAUGCAACUGCUGCAGGAAGAAGAAAGUCUGGGCAAGAAACGACAGAAAGUGGGUUUCCUUGGAUAGUGUCUGUACAUUUUUUUUGUAUUUGUAUAAAUAAAAGAAGUUUCGUUA